AUGGAAGAUGAAGAAAUCAGAAACGAUUUUUAUGUUUACUUUUGGGUUUUAGCUAAAUCCUUUACAUUUGUUAGAGUUCCUAUUGAUAUAGAACUCUAUACCGAUAUAAAUAGCCUUAUCAAUCAUGUCGCAAGUCAUUUAGGCGUUCCAAAUAAUACGGAUGUAUUCUUCAUGGAAUAUGUUGCCCAGUCUGAAGAUAAGAAAGGCAAAAGAAGAAGCGAUUCGAAUGCAGUUUCCGAUAUCAGAGAAAAACGUUCUCAAAAAUCAGAAGCAGAUAAUACAAAAGAAGAGAAAGUAGCAAAGAUGAGAAAAUUAGAAGAUUUAAGCCAAAUACGAAACAAUAGACAUUACAUAUUCGUUAAACAAGGAAUGGGUGAGAAAGCAAUUCCAAAAUUCUUGAACAGCGAAACAUACUUUAAAUUUGUUAGGAAAAUGUUCAAGCAAUGGGACUUUCUCAUGGAAAAUAUGAAAUGUUCGUCACCUCUUGCUCUUUUUGAUGAAAAUGGUGAAAUUUCAGAGGAAUUGUACGAUCUCUGUGACCUAUUUAACGAGCAGCUUGAUAUACAAUAA